CAGCCGAUUCAUUCAAAGCUUCGACUUCGUUGCGAGCACAUAGAGUCUCAUCCGCUACAUUGCCUCGAUCGACUGGAACGUUUCUUCCGUGGAUUACGCGAAUUUCUUCAACUACCCAACAAGACUCAAGCAAAGACAUGGUUCUCGAAAUGGAAAUGUCCAAGACCUAUCAGUACCGCAAGGUGAUGAAGCCCAUGCUGGAGCGCAAGCGUCGGGCCCGCAUCAACAAGUGCCUGGACGAGCUGAAGGACAUCAUGGUGGAGUGCCUGACGCAGGAGGGCGAGCACAUCACCCGCCUGGAGAAAGCCGACAUUCUGGAGCUGACCGUGGAGCACAUGAAGAAGCUGCGCGCCCAGAAGCAGCUCCGUCUAUCCAGUGUUUCCAACUCCACCCAGGGAUCGGAUCCCAAGCUCAGCAUUGCCGAGAGCUUCCGCGCCGGCUACGUCCACGCCGCCAAUGAGGUAUCCAAGACCCUGGCUGCUGUUCCCGGCGUCAGUGUGGAUCUGGGCACCCAGCUGAUGAGUCAUCUGGGACAUCGUCUCAACUACCUGCAAGUGGUGGUGCCAUCUCUGCCCAUCGGCGUCGGAGUGGGAGUGCCCAUGCAGGCACCUGAGGAAGCCAUGGUGACACCACCUCCCUCGGAGUGCGGCAGCCUGGAGAGCGGCACCUGCAGCCCGGCCCCCAGCGAGGCCAGCUCCACCUCCGGUCCCAUGUGGCGUCCCUGGUGAGUCGGCUUGCCUGGAUAUGGAUCACCUUCGAGCGGAAGGUUUCUACAAAUCGCCACCCGGCAGAAGCAGAGCUGGAUCUGAAACCGCACUGCCCCCUGCCCCUGUCCGGAGCUGGGCCGCCUGCCGCCCACCCACGGACUUCGACGCCACUCUCUAGCAGAGCCUCAAAUCUUGGCUAUAGAGACGGGGCGUCACAUCAUGAAUAAAAUUAUAAAAAUUAACCCAAAACGGAUAACAAAAUAAAGUCAAUGAAAUAAGAA